CCGCUGGGGGGGGUUGCUCAACGGUUGUCAGGGUGGGUUGCACGAGGGGAGGGGACCGGACGGGCCGGGGGUUGAAAUGCCGCGAAAACAAACGCGCGAUCAUGAGCCCGUUCCUGAAGAUGUGCAGCAGGAUUUCAGGCGAGGCUACUGUGUAUCGUUACAUUGUCGUCGACCAGAAGGUCGACAACAAGGGGGUUAACAUGCUACGGUGCACCUUCUGCAAUAAAGUGUGGCAGGGAACCCAGUACUACACAACGAAACACUUCACUCAGCCACACUAUUAUAAGAAGGUGUCCGACGAAGCAUUGUUCCAGAUUGCGCAGAAAUGCACACACCGCUUCGAGGCCGACCAGGUAGACAGGGUCCGGCGGUACGCACAGGAGCAUGGUCUCGAUGUCCCGAGGUCUGGUGCGAUGGGUGGCGAGGCGGAGCGUCCUGCACAGGGCGUGGGCGAGGGAGAGGAUACCCAACAUUCUGCGAAGGGAGGUGUUGCGAGAGAUGGGGAGGGUGAGGGUGCCGCGGAGGAGGACGAGGCAGACGUCGAGCUCGAGGUUGGCGUGGUAGAGGGGGAGGGGGGCGUGACCGGGUUCGAUCCGGUGACUCGUCAGAGGACGGUGGACUGGGAGCGGCGCUGGGGGAAGACUGCUGUUCCAGAGACAGCAUGCAUGCCGGGUUCUUCCAAGAGGAAGGACGGGGGUGCGGAUCUUUCUGCCACCAAGGCGGGGAAGAGGCUGCGGCAGCAGAAGGUAACAGACACAUAUGAUGGCGAGUUUGCUCUUCAACAUCCUGGUGGAGGACCUCUUCCCGUGCUUCCCUCCCACUGCGAGAUCGCAAGCAUGCAAGCUCUGGAGAUCCACCGCGACGAGUUGGCGGAGGAGUUGGAGGAGCGUGAGGAUGCACCCGAUGCAGAUAUCCCCGGAGGUAGCGGUUCAUUGGUACGAUUUACGGGCCUGCAGCUGACGACGACGACAUGGGCGGUUCGACUGUGUGUGCAGGGGUCAGGUCCUGAGGAGGUGGCAUUUGCUGAGGUACCACCAGUCAUAGUAGAGGAUUUAGGAUCUGAGCCACUGCUUCAGACACCGAUUAGUGGGCGGCGAUCUCCUCAGGAUACAGCUGGCCCAUUGGAUGUGGCGGAGCUCGCGCGGGCUGCUGUGCUUGACGUCACACGGCAGGAAGACACCGACCCACGCAGACCAUUCAUGCCGCCUCCUCCUCCGAGAUCACGUCACCAGUACGUCCACCCCCCCGCUCACCAUCCACGCCUGACAGACCCAGGGACACCGGUUAGUGGGCGGCGAUCUCCUCAGGAUACAGCUGGCCCAUUGGACGUGGCGGAGCUCGCGCGGGCUGCUGUGCUUGACGUCACACGACAGGAGGACACCGACCCAUGAGACCAAUCAUGCCGUCUCCUCCAAGAUC